UUUGGCGCCCGUGUUUGAUGUCGGGAGUGUAUUACGAGUUAUUUUUGUUUUAAAAACGGUUAUCCAGACGUAUUUAUUGGACGGUCUUUGCAAGAAAGAGGUUUGAAAUGUUUGUGUCCGAUAUCCGAAAGGAGUUCUACGACGUUGUUGUAAACCAGAGGGUUGCGCUUCUUGUUUCCGCGGAUAUCGAUGCCCUGUGUGCCUGCAAAAUACUCCAGGCUCUGUUCCAUUGUGACCAUGUGCAAUACACUCUGGUUCCUGUGACAGGCUGGCAGGAACUGGAAACUGCAUUUCUAGAGCACAAGGAGCAGUUCCGGUACUUCGUUCUGAUUAACUGUGGCGCAAACAUUGACCUGCUGGAGACCCUUCAGCCGGAGGAGGACUCUGUGUUCUUUAUCUGUGACACGCACAGGCCUGUUGAUGUUGUCAAUGUCUACAAUGAUACACAGAUUAAGCUGCUCAUAAAGCAGGAUGACGAUCUCGGCAUUCCUUCCUAUGACGAUAUCUUCAGAGAUGAUGAAGAGGAGGAUGAGAAUGGGGUUGACUCUGAAAACGAGAGCGAGGAUGGCUCAGAGCCCUCUGGUAAACGAAGGCGCUUUGACGAGGGUGCUGUGGAGAGAAGGAUAGAAAGACGAAGGGAAAAGCGAGAGUGGGAAGCGCGGAGAAGAGAAAUCUUAUUUGACUAUGAGCAAUAUGAAUACCAUGGAACCUCGUCUGCACUAGUGAUAUUUGAGCUGGCCUGGGUUAUGUCCAAGGACACCAAAGACAUGCUUUGGUGGUCAAUUGUUGGUUUAACAGACCAGUGGGUUCAAGAUAAAAUCACACACAUGAAAUACGUCACAGAUGUGGGCACGCUGCAACGCCACGUUUCCCGACACAACCAUCGCAAUGAGGACGAAGAGAACUCUCUCUCCAUCGACUGCAUGAGAAUCUCGUUUGAGUACGACCUGCACCUGGCCUUGUACCAGCACUGGUCCCUCUACGAGAGUAUCUGUAACUCCUGUUACACGUCGUCACAUUUUAAGCUCUGGUCUAUUCAUGGACAGAAGAAGCUGCAGGAGUUCCUUGCUGAUAUGGGCCUUCCACUAAAACAAGUGAGACAGAAAUUCAACUCUAUGGACAUCUCCAUAAAGGACAAUCUCCGUGAAGUCAUUGAAGAAUCUUCAAAUAAAUAUGGAAUGAAAGAUAUCCGAAUACAGACGUUCAGCGUUCAUUUUGGCUUUAAGAAUAAAUUCCUUGCCAGUGAUGUGGUCCAUGCUGCAGCAGCCCUUCUUGAGAACAUUGAGAAGGAUGAGAGUAGAACCGAUAACUUUAUUAAUGCUUUAGACAGCCUGUCCAGAAGCAACCUGGAGAAGCUGCACCAUGGGAUCAAACUGGCCAAGAAAAAGCUUAUUUCUGUUCAGCAGACCGUAGCCAGCUGCAUCUGUACUAACCAGAUCCUCUCACAGGGGCCCUUCCUCUACUGCUACCUGAUGGAGGGCACUCCAGACGUGAAGCUAUUUUCCAAGCCGAUGUCCUUAAGUAUUCUCAGUAAAUACCUGCUGAAGGCAUUUGUUCGUUCAACGAAGAACAAGCGUUGCAGGCUGCUCCCUUUGAUUAUGGCGGCCCCCAUGGAUGUGGAAAAGGGCACUGUGAUCGUGCUGGGAAUUCCACCAGAGGCGGAGAGCUCGGACAAAAAGAAUUUCUUUGGAAGGGCAUUUGAAAAAGCAGCUGAAAGUACCAGCUCCAGGACGCUGCACGACCACUUUGACACAUCUAUUAUUGAGCUGAAGACUGAAGACAGAAGCAAGUUUCUGGAUGCUCUUAUUACGCUCCUGUCGUGAAGGUAAACUUUACCAGAAAGAUGAUCUCUGAGCCACUGCCUUCCCUCAGACACUGAUACUGUAGCCAUACUUAGUUUAGAUUGCCAGCCUUAAAUGUAUUUGAAGAGCUACAGUUUACAGUAAAGUUGAUAUCUACUAAAUACUCACUUUUUUUUUUAGGUCUGAAACUUUGUGUGUCUGUCUGCUUCUUGAAUGUUUUCUCCAUGUAAUGUGUAAAACUCAUGUCUGAUUUCUUUGUAUUUGUCGUUUUUAAUAGAUUUUUAUAUCCUAUGUAAAUAAUCAAUUGAUGUAGCAAACAUCCUUGUUUACACAUUUUAAAUAAAAUGACGUGCCA